UAGCUCCAAUAUCUGGGCUAGUGAAUUUAUCCUGGUCUCACUUCCCUCGGGUUUUACCGACCAUAUUGUAUAGUAUAUAACACCCGUGUACUCAGUCUCAGGGGUAUAUUUGUGAACAGUGGACUGAAGUUCUAUCCGAUUUGUGAACUGGAACAGCAUCACUUGCUUUACUACAGUACAGACACGUAGUCAUGUACCGCACUGCCGACUGUGUCAAUAUGGAGGAUAAGGACGAUCUUCAAGUUGACUGCGCGAUGGUUGAGCCAAAUUCACAAGCAAGAAUCCGUUGUGGGUUUGAGAAUAUUCGACAAGAAAUCAAGAAGUUAAAUAACUCCUCGGCGAAGACGGAGGGACAGAGAGAGGAUUCUGGGAUAUUUUCAUUUGAACAGAGCUUGAAGUCGGUGGACGAUGUUUGUGACAAUGACAUGGUGGACGGGUCUUUACUUGAGGAAAUUACCAAGAUGCAGAUUUCGGAGCCAGAAAUUACGUCAGAAUACAAAAAGUGCUUGGAAACACACCACGAAGACGAUGGAUAUCACAGUAAAUCUAUGACAGACAUUCACAAAACAUGGGGAGAGUUUGGUUUGUCAGUUGAAGAAGGAGGGCCCGUCAACAUACCCGGGAUUUCACAGGAAGCAAUAGAAGCAUACAUGCAAGACGACGAUGGCGACACACAACUUCACAUGGCAAUCAUUCAACUGGCUGAGUCAAUUGCACUGCAGCUGAUCAACUUGGCACCAAAUCAUGAAUGGUUAAACUUGGUCAACACUCUUCUUCAAACACCCCUUCACCUUGCCGUCAUCACACGACAGGAGAAGAUUGUCAGGAGACUGAUGGCUGCUGGUGCUUCUGUUGAUGUUCGAGAUCUCCAUGGCAACACACCCCUUCACAUAGCAACCCGCGAAGGUUACCAGGAGAUUGUCAACCAUUUGUUGAAACCAGUUUGCUAUGAAGAAACACAAGAAAACAAAUACGAAAUCCCUUACCAGAGGGUACCUCAGGACCUCGAAGCCAAAAAUUAUGAAGGCCAUACCUGUCUCCAUCUCGCCGCCCUUGGAACACACACAAGGGUCAUGGAGUCGCUCAUCAAGAAAGCAGCCAAAGUUAACGCCCAGGAUGGCAAAAGUGGUCGCACUGUUCUUCAUUAUGCUGCUGAGACUGGAAACCGAAUUCUGCUGGAGUUUCUCCUUGGAUGCAAACGCCUUGACCUUGACAGCUGUACAUACGGUGGGCUGACCCCCAUUGUCCUGGCUGCAGGAAGAAAGUUCGGAGAUGUUGUCGGAAUUCUCCAAGCCCAUGGCGCCGAUUGUUCCAGCUUGCAGGAUGACACAGAGGAUGAAGAUGAAGAUGUACGUUGACAAGAACAUACCAAGUUUAAUAUAUGAUUGAUGAUUUCUGCAUUGCUGGUGAGCCGUUGUUGCGAUAGAGGAAAGCCGGCUUUACGACAGAGUUGGUAAAUUUCGAGAUUCUCAUUUUGAUGAGGAAAACACUAUAACUACCCGUGUGUAGUUGAUACAAAGACACUCCAAGGCCAGCCCGAGGGAUAUUAGAGCUGUGCAGUCUGAUCUGAGUGCGAGCCAAUCAGAAAUGUGGAACCACAACACCAGCCAAUGAGAGGCCACCUUCCAGACAGCAAAUGAAGCCGUGGUUCUUCUCGGAGUUGAGGUUCCAUGAAAACUAAUCAAAGGACUCCUAUAGACAAUUGAGACGAUGUGAUCAGUUGAAGUUCUAAGACAUUCACAAAGCAGUUGAUGUCGAUAAAUAUUCGGCAUCUUGGUGUUAAGGGUCCAACACCAGGCGUAAUUCCGUUCAGCGCCACCUACAUUCAGCCAUUUCAUGUGAUGACGUGUCAGUGUUGAUCUUGGAUCUUUGGUUUAUGUUAGUCUUCAAAAUAUUACUUUUUGUUAUGAAUAUUUAAAAAAUAUCUAUUUAUAGAUAAAUCGUGAAGGAAAACGUUUUCUCAUGUCCCUGUCCCCAAAGCAUCAGCUCUUUUCACGGAGGGUUCAAAGUCGUGCUUUCCCCCAUCAUAAAUAUUAAUUUAGCUCACUUGGGUUUAUGAGCAUAUGACAAAUAUUGUCCAUCUGUGUACGCUUUAAAAUAUCUGUUCAACUUGAUUAAAAAUUCAAAGCUUAACUAACUUGCAAUUCAUUUUACUUGAAAUUUCUGAAUUAUUUAUGAAUUGCACUAAAUAAUUAAAAGUCAAAGUUAAGAUGGGAUGUUUUCAAAACAUUGUCACUGGCAGUUAAUCGAGGCUGUUGCAGACAAUUUUGAGAAAAUAGCCCUCAUCUUAAUGUUAAAAAACUUGUUAGCUCAUACUUGUUUUCAUUUAUUGAAUGACAGACCAGAGGAGGAACAAAAAUAGAUAAAAAUAGUUUAAAUAUAUUUGAUAUUCCUGACCACUCUAGUUUUGACAAGCAAUAUGAUAUGACACGGUUUCUAAAACUCUUAGAAAAAGUAACUUAUUGAAUGAUAAAUAAUGAAUACUCUCUGGUCACUGAAUACAGCUAAUAGUGUCACAGCUCUAUGACAAGAGAACACGUGAAUAGUUAUACCAUGGAAAAUGUCCUGCAUUUAAUACAGAUUUUGCUGUAAUGUCCAAUCAAAACCAACAGAUGCAGAGAACUUGAUAUGAAAAAUAGGAUAAUUUGUUUGGGGAAAAAGUCUGUUUACAAUAUAAAAAAUUUGGCCUUAAGUUUAAAGUUGUUUCUACAUAAAUAAACUUAAUAUAUUUUAAUAAAGUACUAAUUUUCACAGAAUAAUCCAUCAAUACCAAAUAAUCAUGAUAAUUGAGUUACUUUUUUAAUGAACCUGGCUAUUGACCCAGGGACAUUCCAUAAAGUGAUCUUUACACUAAAGUGGUCAUAACUCCCAUGCCUUUUCAGGCUUACCACAGUGCGAAGGUCACUUUGUGGAACCCAGGUUCUCAAAGAUCCAAGAUAUUGUUGACAAAUUGUGCAAUAAUUUUGCCAAUGAGUUGAUGUAGCAAAUCUGCUUUUGUAAAUAGAUUGUUUUUGUUAUGUAGUUAGAUGAGUUGUGUAUAUAACUUGAAUAAUUUAUUUUUAAUAAAAUGUGAAAUAUAUA